AUGGAAGGGUUGACAAUAUCCCGUAGGCUCCUCACACUCAACGCCCAGUUGCGUUCUGCUCUGGCUGGUACGUCUGCUGAGGCAGCAGGCCCGUUGCAGCCAAACCAAUACGAGACUAUAUCAGACAUCCUCGAGGCCUGCAUUAAAGAUGUUGAGAAUCUGUUUUCUUGGGAACUACCGCUCCUUGGUGGUCGCCUUGGGGCCCCCCAUGGAGUCUCGUAUACCUUGGGGGACAAUUCAACCGCGACAACAGCAGCUCUUUGUAACGUGGUUCUGUCGAGUUCCGGUCUGAUCGCAACAGCUGCUGCUGCUGCGUUGCACAAGGAAGCCCCUCUUGUAACAUUAAAGAAACAGGCUUUGGAGCUGGGUCGCAUCGUUGUGCUCUCCUUGAGGCCUUUUGCUGCCUCUCACCAAGCAGACGCGUUAGCUGAGUUCACUGAGACAGUUCUAAAUCUCUUGGUCGUUGAUGCUUCACACAAAGUUAAACAAGCCGCUGCAAGGCUUCUGCGAUCGAUCUUCGCGCCCGAAACGGAGGGGAGCCCCCUGGGGGCCCCUCAGGGGGCCUUAAUGGAUAGGCUUUGGGGGAUUCCCUGGGCGCAUCUGCCUCUCCCAGCCGUUUCCUUAGAGCGCCUCCUGCGGCGUCUCUAUGAAGAACUGAGUGACAGUGGAAAGAGAGGGGGCGCGACAGUGCGCUCAGAGCUUCUUGUGCUGCUGGCUGCGCUGCUGAGCCGUCUGCGGGGUUACCCUAGCCUUUCUGCUCCUUGGCUGCAGCAGGUGCUGCAGCAAAUCGUUUGCCGCCUCCAACUCGCUCCAGGGGCCCCCGUGCUGAGUGCGACGGAGCUAUUGGGGGCCCUGGGGGCCCUCCGUGAGCUGCUGCUGGGGGCCACCUCAUCCAUGUCUGCUCUGCUGCCUUCUGAAGUGUGGGGGCGGCUGUACUCCUAUCUGGUAGUUGUAGGCACGCAAGGGGCUCCCGAGGCCUUCGACGGAUCCCCUGAGUAUAGAAGCCCCUUCAUGGUAGGUGACGGCGCGCCGCCGCAGCAGCAUCAGCCACAGCAACAGCAGUCUCUUCAAGCAGCAGCACUCUGCGUUCUUGCAGAGGGAGUGGAGACUCUUGUUUCCUGGGUUGAUCGAGACAUCGCUCGCGAGUUCAGCGAGACGCUGGAAGAGGCACAACAGCCAGCCAGCACCACAUCCAAGCAGUCAUCUGCUUCCAGGGGACCCGCCACCAGCGGCAGCAGGAAGAAGAGGGUUCUAAAGAAGAGAGGGACCUUGCUGGAGCGGCUUCUGGCGCUGACGGCCUCCUCACAUGCGCCUGUCUCCAACGCAGCCAGGAGGGCGCUGUUGUGUAUAGUGACAAAGCUGAGCAGCAGCUGUAUAGGCAGUUCUUACACGAUCGCCAGCAAGAGCAGCAAUUCUUACAAAAAGUUCGAGGGGAACCUCAUGACAACUGAGUCACUGGCUUCCGCGGACGGGGCAGCCACUGGAGCAUCAGUGCCAGUAGCCUGCGCUCCUUCUACCAGCAGCAGCAGCAGCAGCAGCAGCGUGGAAUGUUGGCUGCCCCUGCGGGCUUUUGGCUCCCGCGUAAUAUCAGAGUUGCUCGAGGCCUCUUUGCUUCCUCAGAAGGAUUUGGUGGGUUUGUCUGCAGGUUGGUGGCAGCAAUGUGGCAGCAGGGCCCAGCUUCUGCUCCCCUGUUUGCUUCUUGUUGGUUGUCUUGAGGAGAGGCAGCAGCAAGGCAUUGCUGCUGCGAAGGCCUGCCUCCUCCUUGCAUGCGCCUGUUGCGGCCCUGAGUGGCAGCAGCAGCACGGUCCCUCUGUGGGGAAGCAGGCGCUGCAUCUCCUGGGAGCAGCAGGAGAGACACUUUGUCUGCUUUUGGGUGGGGAGACAUUUGGAGGGUCUGGUGGCUUUGGGGCUGUUGUUGCUGCUGCUGCUGCUUCAAACCGUUUUGAGGAGGCAGCAGCACACAAAAGACCUUGUGUGACUCCGCACCGCCACCUGCUGCAGAAGCGAGUUUUAGUAACAUCUCCAGAGACAGCAGGGCACGGAGAGGGACAAGGAGACCAGCUGGCGGCAAAGGGGACAGAGGGAGGGAGACAAACAACUCCCUUUAGACUUCCCGCUUUGCUGUGCCGGCUACUCCAGAAAGUUGCUGUCUCCUUAUUUCAAUUGCAUGCACAGGCUGGGGCCCUGCCGCAAGCGCUGCUGCCAAAAGCUGCAACAGCUAUCAACAGCGGAAUCCGCGCCUUGCUGUUAGCAGCAGCUUCAGACAAUGCUGCCGCAGCAGCAUCUGCUGCUGCUGCUGUGGGACCCGCAGGCGGCUCUGACUCCGGCAGACCCGAAGAGGCGGAAGAGACAGAGGGGACAGGAAAGGAGACAAGAGCAGAGACAGAGGAGACAGGGUCAGACCGCCACGGCGGGGCCCCAAUGGCUGCCUUGAGAGCUAUUGUUCAGCAGACGCUAUCUCUAGCGUUUACAGAAGAAAAGGAACUGCAAACACCACCAGCUGUUUCCGUGGGUCUUCUGUGGGGAGCUGUCUUGGGGAUUGAUGGAGACAGAAACAAAUGGAUAGGGGGCAGCCCGUCCCCAGGCGCAGGCAGCAGCAGGAAUAGCAGCAGCAGGAUUUUACGGGAGAAACGGCCACUGGGAGAGACAGUCGAACUACCUCCUGUGGUUGGACAUGCGUUCUCUCCUGCUGGCAGUAGCUGUUGUUUACCUCUGUGCAGCUGUAUCUUAGAAGAAGUGUUUUCCUGUCUGUCCCUUGGGAUGCUCCCCACAAAUGCGCAGAAAAAGGAGACAGCGAGCAGCCUGCGGGCAGUAGCGCGGGCGCUGCUGCUGUCACCUGAAGGCGGAACAGCAGAAGAGACUGUUGCUGCUUGUCUCCUGCUACAGCUGCACGAUGAGGACUUUUACACCUUUGCAACCGCAACACAGCAGCAAACGAAGAAAGACAUUGCAGCAUCGCAUGCUGCUGCUGCUGCAGCGGCAGCAACAGAAGCGUCAGCUGUUGCUACUGCCGACACUGGGGACUGUGGGAGGGAUGCUGCUGACGAGGCCAAAAGCCUUGCUGCACUGGCCUUGAGCGUAUCAGGUACAGUGUCUCUACAGGUUCUGCUGCAGCGCCUGGCGAUUUGUCUCUGCCAGAUAUUCUCAGUAUCUCCACAGACAUGCCGUCUGCUUCGACUUGAACAGGUAACUGUCGCUGCCACACUGCUGCAGUCGGCGCUGCUGCGGCCCUCAGCACCGCCGGGGCUGUUGGCGCUGUUGCACGCGCUGAGGCCUUUUGUGGAGGCUUGGGGGGCAGAAGGAGACACUUCAAGAGCAAUAAAAGGAAAAACUUUAGAAGCAGCGAAAGGAGACAGUCCCGGAGCAUUCGGGCAGCGGCCGUUGUUUCCUUACGACAGACAACGCGCCCAGACAGCCGCCAGCACCACCCAGGGGAGCUGCAGCAGCAGAAGCGUCUGCACCAGGAGCAGUUGCUGCUGCUGCUACUGCUCCAGCUACCGGGGCUGCGUGUCACCUGACAGCAACAGCGCCCCCACCUUAGGGAGAGCACGUGCAGCCCUUUCCAGGACACUACUGCUGGUGGAAGCAGCAAUGCCUUCUCUCGAUGCAGAAACAGCUGCAGCUGCUGCUGCACUGCUGCUGGCUGCCCCAGACAGCUUCCUGUUCUCUAGGCCUGUCCUCUUUCAACGGACGGUAAAAAUGGCGCUGCUGCUGGGGAAGACGCAACUGCAGCUCGCGGCUGCCGCAGUCGCUACUCUCCACCGAUGGCUGCACCAGCAUCAGCAGGAGCAGCAGCGGCAGGAGCAGCCGGAAAAGGCGUCUUGGGGAGAGGACUUGCUGCAGGAAGUUCUGCCGUUGCUGCGUCCUUUUCUUUUGGUUCCUGGGGGGGUUGAGAGUGCGCGCGUUUCUGUUAUUGAGGCGCUGCUGCGCUCGCCCAGAGGCUCUGGGGUGUAUAGACAGCUUGGCGUGUCACGACAGCAUUUGCAGUUGGCUUGGACUGGGAUGGGCUCCUUUUCUUUUCCGUCAUCUUCUUCUUUGGGCGAUCCUUCAGAGGCUGCCUCAAGUACAUCCCCGGCCGGCUGCUGCUGGGGCCCCCUUGGGGUGUCUCUUCGGCAGUCUGUACUGUUGCUGCUUGCAGAUGUGGGACCUCGGGCCUCUAUGCAUAUCGUGAAACGCCCAGCCUGUCUGCUGCCAGCGUCUGUCUCCGCAGCCCUUUUGAUGCACUAUGCUGAGGCGUGGCUGGAGGGAGAUGCUUUCAAAGGGGACCCUCGAGUGUCUCCUGCUGCCUUUUUGCGGCUGUGUUUGCCUUUGACAUCCCCAGAGAACGCAGCCGCACCAGCAAGCCCUCAACUCUGCCUCUCGCUUGGGGGAGACAGUUUAGCGUUGCUUGCAGCAAAUGCCGCCUUAGAAGCAACAAGCAGACAGGAGAGAGCAUCUCUCUGUCAAUUGCUGGCCGCUCUCCUCCGCUCCAUAACAACCAAGGCACUUGCUGGACUCAAAGCUCCUGCUGCUGCAGCUGCAGCUGUUGGCCUCUUUGGUGGCACUGGAGACAACAAGUGGGGGCCAGCUGAAGCAACACCACAGGCAGCUGCUGCUGUUGCAACUGCUGCAGCAGUUGCAACUGGAUCGCUCUACCGAGCAGUGCUGCCAUCUGUGCUGGAGUUGAUUGCUUCAAACGAUCCCGCACCAAGACAGGUCUUGUCCCUUGUGCUGCUGCAGCUUCAGCAAGUCUCUCUCGAUGUUGCUGUAGCCUCUCCAUAUGCGGCAUCGUCAUCACCACUUUCGGCGGUCGUGGAGACACUUGCAGAGGGCCUCGGGAGCCCCUUCGCAUCCCAACGUGCAGCAGCAGCAGCAGCUGCUGUAGCACUGAUAUGCAGGUUGCUGCGGCGGCUCAGCAUCGAGCAGCAGGCUGCUGGUGCUCCUGCUACUGCACCGUGGGCGGCUGCAGGUGCAUCUGCACCUCCUGCUGCUACUGCUGCGGCCGAGAAGUCCCUCGACACAGCGUUGUUGCAGCGACAGCGUGACAGGGAUUUGCGUCUGUUGCACCAUUUGCUGCAGCAGCUGCUGUUGCUGCCUGUGUGCCUGGGGUCUCCCUCUCGGCGCCAGGGGGGCCUGAUAGUGCUUCGGGCAGUGCUACCUCUAGGAUUCCGCAGCAGCGCCUGCGGCAGAACGCAAGGCCUCCUGGAGGAGACAGCCGAAAGGGUCUUUUUCGGCCUCCUCAGGGCCCUACCUAAGCCUGUACAGGACACGGAUGCAGCGGAUACACAUACCAGCAGCAGCAACAGCUGCUGCUACACAAACUGCAGCAGCAGCUGCUGCUGCUGUGGUUCUGAUUUAUUUGAAUUGGAGGAAAGAGGAGACCUGAGAGACCCUAGAGAGGCCCUAGAGGUGCAGCAGUGCCUGCAAGCAAUAACAGUCACUGGGCAGUGUCUCCUUCAGACACACAGGGCUGUCUGCCUAGACAAUGGAGACGCAGAAGGCGAUACAGCGGCAGAUGCAGCAGCAGAUGCAGCUACAGCAGCCACCACACCAGCAGCAGAAGGGAGACAUGGGAAUCUCAAACAGGCUGCAGCAAUCCAGGCGGAAAGGAGACACCGCGUGUUGCUGCAGGGACAACGCAUGAUGGAACAUCUUAGGCCCUUCGCCUUGUUCUCUGGCGAUCAACUGACACGCAGCGUCUGCCGUUCCCUUCUGCUGCAGCUCACAGGGAACCUACAGGCAGGAGGAUCAUCCUCAGCACCAGAAACUGCUGCUGGUUCUGCUGCUGCAUCUGGCGCUGCUUCUUCUGCUGGGCAAAUGCAUGCAGCUGCAUGCGGCUGGGCUAUUCAAGCAGUCAAAGAGAUUGGAAGACGGCUAGAGGUAGUGCUCCAGCACCUUCAAUGCCCGGGUGCCCUUGGUGGCCUUUCUGCUGCCGGCAUAAAUCAACGGGCGUGGGCGGCGUGUCUGCUGCUGGACAGCCUUUUGUUUGUGGGGCAGACGUCUGGGGCUGCAUGCGCUUGUCUCUUUGGAGACUGCAGAAUCCGGCAGUCUUUACAGAAGGUUCUCGAGUUUGUCUGGCUGGGCUCAGAGACACCCAACGGGAGGCGCAUUCCAAACCAAUCAGCAUUAGAGGCCCUCGCGGAGACUGUGCUCCAGCUCUGUCUCCUCCGAUAUCCACAAUACAAACAACACGAAAAGGUAGACAGCCACAAGGUGGAGAAAGGGAAGCAAAAGGAGGCGGGCAACCACCAUGAUACAAUAGAGAUGCAAAGGGAGGAGACAGAUGAGGAUACUGGGCGCCUUCUGUUGAUGACUCUUGUAGACCCUCAACAGGGUCACUUGGGUGUUGCAGAAGAGAUAAAAGGAGAGGGAAAGGAGACAGAAAGAGACAGAGACGAGACACGAGGCGACGGGGAGAGGACGGAAGGAGACAGAAAGCUGACAAAGGCAAGUCUGGGGACUUCUUUCUUCUUCUUCUUGGUUAACCCAUCUGCCAAAGGGUUUAGCCCAAAUGGGAGCAGAAGAGACCGCAUCCAGCGCCUCGUCGUCUUGCUGCUCAAGAUCAUCUGCCCCCCGUCCCCUCAAUCAGCAUCAGCUACAACAGCAACAGCAGCAGCACCGGAAGCACGGAAGAUAGCAGCGGGUGUGUGGGAAGCGGACAGAAUCACCCAGAGAUGCAUCGCUGCCCUCGGGAAGAGCUGGCAGCAGAGAGGAGACAGAACGAAGGGACUUGUGCUUGAUUUAAAAAGAAUCCCCUGGGGUGUCGUCUCCUCUCUGCUGCUCCCCUGCCUACGGGAACCAAGGACAGAGACCGAGCGGGAGACUGCUGCUUCUCUUGUUGCAAUUCUUGCUGCAUUUGUCCAGGGAAUUGAAGCCAUAGAGGCGCUCUAUGGUAGUCAUUACCUGGUGCAUGCAGAGACAGGCGAGUUUCUGCUGCUGUCGGGGACGGCCCCUGCUGCAGCAGCAACUGCUGCUGUUGCUGCCGCUGCGGGCUUGCUUUGCAGGCCAGAUCAGCAAGGGAAGCUUGGGAGGAGCCUGCUGUUUAGCGUGGAGGAGGAGACAGGAGGGGACACCUUCAGCCUCCCACAAGGAGGAGACGGCACACAAACACAAGCAUUAGCCUCCUGGCUGCUGCGACUGGCGUUACUACUACUGCGCUGCUCCAUCGUGUCUUCAAUAGAUCUAAAAGGCCCAAAGGGCCUUGUAGCGGCAGCAACAGCAAGAGAAACCCACACAACUGCAUCAUCAUCAGCAGCAACAGCAUCAAGGGGAGGAGUGCCAACAGAACGUCCCACUGCAGCAGACACAGCAAAUAGGGCAUUACCAGGGACAGGACUAGAGGCAUCUGGAGCACCAGCAACACCAGCCUCAGCAACGGCAGCUGGGGCACAAGCAGCAGCAACUGGUGCCUCUGUGAGAGAGGAGGUAAAGGCCAUCCUGGGGAUCGUCUCCUUCCCGCUCCACCUCCUGAUUGGUGAUGUGGGCCGACGGGAGGUUGUGGGGUGGGGGGGAAGGGACAGGGAGGAGACAGCUGAUGUUGCAAAUUCGCUUUUAGAGACACUUUGGAUUCUGCGCUAUCACCUUUUCCUGUCUCCUCAAGCCCAGCUUCUUCCCCAGUACAGCUGUCUCCUACGGCUGCUUGCAGCUCUAGUCAGGCGGCACACCGAGGUUCAUCAUCUUCUUGGUGAGCCCCCUGCUGCAGAAGUGCCUGCGGCAGCAGCAGCAACAGCAGCAGAAGCAGCAGCAAAGGCAUCAACUAUGACAGCGACUGAAGGUGAAAGCAGCAACACUCGGCGAGGACAGCUGCAGGAGCAGCUUCUGCUACACCUGCUGCUGGAUGCCUUCCAGCUUUGGGGUCCCUUAGAAGCAGAAGAGGGGCCUCAGGAACAGCAGCAGUUGCUCUUAGGGGCUCGCGCUUUCGUCUCGUACGCUGCUCCACAAACAGCAGCAGCAGCAGCAGCAUCACCACCACCAGCACUAAAGCCUGCAUUGACCCCUCAUAUGCUGGCCCACGCCUCUGCACUGUCAGAUUUAUUGCUAGCAGUGUCUUAUUGGGAGGCCUUCAUAAGGGCGCUGCCAUUCAGAAGUAAUUGCCUCGUCUUCUUAGCAGCAGCAACGGCGCAGCUGCUAGCGGCGGAGUCUCCCAUUGCAGCAAGAGUUAAGGCAGCAGCGUUAGAAGGCGGAUACACUGCAUUGCUGCUCACAGACAUCCUACACGAGGCAACUCUCCAAGCAGCGCCUCCUGCUGCUGUUGUUGUUACUGCUGCUGCUGCCGGUGCUGCUGUGGGCACCGCGGCUGUUGAUAUAUCCACAACCAUGCAGCCGGUAUACGUGGGAACCAAGAGACAGGAUGCUCUGCACCAACACAUGUUGCAGCAGCAGCAGCAUGGCGAGCUGCGGGGAGAGCAGCAACAGGCUACUGAAGAGGGACAAUCUGUGGGGACACGACGGCGUUUGCUAUGUAAUGCGAUGGAGAUAUGCAGCGAUGCAGUUAACGCCCUCGCAGCUUCUUCUUUUGCUCUAUCUUUCUCGGACUUUGGAGCCCUUCCUAGCAGCAUCCACGAGGGUUAUGCAGCAACAGAAGCACCAGCAGCAACACCUGCUGCAGCUGUUGAAGGAACUGAGGCACAGAACUGCGCAGUGCUGCUACACGCGCUUCUGGCGGCGGUUCUUCGUGCAUUUGCUGCAGCAGCAAGGCUGUGCGAGGCAGAAUCAUGCUCAGAAGGUGACAGUGUCCUUAAGAAGUUUGAAGGUCGAGAGGCAGCAGAUCAGGCAGCAAGACGGCGAACACAGUCUGCCGCUGCUACUGCUGCUACCGCAGCAGAAGACCGGCGACCGCUGCAUGCUUUGUCUCUGUGCCUGUCACAUCUCCACGAUAUCCUGAGAGAGAAACAUAAUGGCCUCUUGGGUGUCUUGAAGACGUUCUUGCCUUCAAUUGUUUAUGUCUGCAGCAAGCGCGGCUGCCGUCGCUUGCAGCUCUUCGUUCUGUCUCAUUGUUUCUCUCGUCUCCUUGCGGAUGCUACAGCACACAGCUGCCUAGACACCGCACGCAGCACCCCACAAAAAGCUGCACGGCAGCUCUUGGGGGGACUCGCAGCCACACGGAGGGGACGCCCACUGCUGGGGCCCUCCUUAAGCAGACACAUAGGCCUCCCGCUGCUGCGUGCUGCUGGCAGGGCUGCAGCAGCAGAAGCAACAGCAGCAACAGCAGGAACGACAACAACAGCACCAGAUGCAGCAGAUGCAGCAGAAGCAGGAGAUGAUGGGUCGGGCUUCUUUUGUGAGGUUUGGAAUCUCCUUUGGAGUCCCCUCCUGCAGCUAGUCUCCCCUCCGUGGGCGGGCUUUUUUCCAGGGCUGAGCAAACCAGGUGUACAUACACCUCGGGAGCCGGAGGGUGAUCUUGAGGCCGCAGUCUGUUUGCUGCAGAUCUUCGUCGCUGCGUGCAGUCUCCUUGAAUGUCUCUUCUUAGUAACGCCUUUGGAUGUGUUAAAGGGGAGAGUGAUUCCUUUGCUGCAGCAACAGCGGCAGAUGCAGGCGCAGCAGCAGCAGCAGCAGCAGCAGCAGCAAAGCAGUGGUAGGGGCGAUAUGGAGACAAAAUCCCCAGGGUUUUCUGCUGCUCCUCGUCCUGCAGGGUUUGUUCUGACGCGUGAAACCAUCGCAGCUGUCUCCUCUUCCCUGAGGACCCUUGUCAAUGACUUCGAUUUAACCAGACGUCCUAAGAACCUCUGGGGCGACUCACAAGAGGCAAUAGCAGCAACAGUAGGGGGGAGAGACUCUGCUGCUGCUGAUGGUGAAGGGUUGGGUAUUGCUGAUUGGCGGUCUAAGGCGUUCAAGAAGUGGCUUUGGAAAGGGCGCAUUGGGGCCUACAGCUGCUUAAGCGCUGCUGUCUGCAGCACACAAACAAACGUCUCUGUGCACCUCUCCCUGUUGACUGGGCAGGCCUCGGGGCUGCAUGCGCUCGUAGACGGCGAUCUUCUGGUGUAUGCGCAGCUCAUGGGGCAGCAGAAAGACGAUGCGCUGCCCCUGUGGGGCCCACCGAAGCGGCUCCCGACCCAAGCUGAGCAACCCCAGGAUCGGGGACCGUCUCCCGCCACCAUCGCCCGCUCGGGGAUCGACUGGAAUCGGGUUGGGGAGCCGGGCCUUGUGGGGUCUCUGGAGGAGACAACAGGCGCCUCUCCUUCUCUCGUCUCCUCCCUCGGUGCUGCUGCUGUUGUCUUCACUAACAGACAGCUCAAUGCCUCUACCGUAUCUUCGGAGAAACAGCGAACAAGGGAAACUGCUACAGGGCUGUUGCUGCAGCAGCUGCAGCAACUGCAACAGCAGCAGUCUCUGAGGCCCUCGUUGAGUCAAGUAGUGCAUGCAGCCACCCAGACGCUGCAGAGCGGCAGCCUUGGGGCCCUACAUUGGCUGCGCAGUCUGUCCCAAGCCCCCGCCCUCUCGCCAGCCUUUGCUGCUGCAGAGGAAGGCCGAAUCGGCGCUGCACAAUCAGCAGCAGCAGCAGCCAGAAACAGCACCAGAACCGUCAGGGGGCUCCAGUUUGAGGGCAACACUACGCAGCAACAGGUAGAGCGACUUCUCUCAGGGCGACAUGCAGCACCUUUGGAAGAAAGACUGCCCAACGGUCCACCGUACGACGACGCGGUAGGCCGAGCACCUUUGCUGCAGCAGCUGCUUCGGCUAAUCGACUGCUGGUGCCUCCGCUUCAGCCAAGAGUGGGGGACUUCGGCUGCUGCUGCAACUGGGGAGAAGCCUCUGGGACUGCCAUCAUUGAUGGAGGCCCUUGUGCGCUACUGCAGUCCCCGAGCGGGUGCACCAGCAGGAGCAGCAGCAGGAGCAGCGGGAGCAGCGGGAGCCGCGGGAGCAGCAGGACUAGCCGUUGCAGCAGGAAGUGAGGAAGGGGACCGCGUGUGGGCCUUCAGGCUGGUGCUGCUGCGAGCGUUGCUGCAGCGGGCGCAGCAGCUGCGGCCGCUAGCAGAGAGGGGAUUGUUAGACUUUGUAGCGGAGACAGUUGGAGACAGGCGAAUGGCUGCUGCAAAGAGAUUGCACUACUGGCUGAGGCUUAAUCUGAUGCUCGUUGGAGCUUUGCUAGAGCGAGUCCACUUGCUUCUUGAAGGACAAAAGCCGUCGCAUGCACCUGUCUCCUCAGCCUCUGGUGUCUCUUCUCUUUCCUCUGUCUCCUCGGGGGAUUCUUCGCUGCCGCUGCUGCAGCUGCCGCUGCUUCCUUUCUUCUCCUACGAGAGCAUCCGCAGCGUAGACGAGACACUUCGUUUUCGGGUCGGCGGCCUUGCGAUUCUAGAGUGUCUCUGUCUCCUUGAAAGGAGACACCUGUCAGCACUUCAUCUCCAAGGGGGAUCCUACACCCGAACCCUCUGCAACAAGAACCUCUUGCUAGCCGUCUCCAGAGGCCUUUUCUUCCCUGUCACAACACUAGCAGUGCAGUGUGCUGCUGCCUGCUGCAGUCUCUUGAAGGUGUUUCCGCUGCAGCUUGCGGAGAAGGAGAUAGGUGACAGCAGAGAUGAACGGAAGUCAUCAUCACCUAGGAGGGUGCCCCUAGACCCCACAGGUCAGGCCCCAGCAGUCCCCAAGCGGCAGGAGACAGGGGGGCUCGCCUUUCUCAGAUCUUGCCACCGAAGGCUGCAGCAGUUGCAUGCAGCAGAGGAAGCAUCAGCAGCUCGAGGGAGGCCUCCACCUAUCUGCGGCUGUGUCUCGGUCGGGCCUCACCCUGGGCCCUCCGCUGCACGCAGCCCUGCAGGAGCUGCUGCAGGUGCUGAUACAAAUAAUGCUGCAGGAGACAGUGUAACUGGGGAGACAGGGGAUAUAGAGAAGCAAAAUCGAGACAGACAGAAGCUGCUGAUGUAUUCCUUCAAUUAUGAUGGACGCUACGCUGCGUGCGUUGCUGCCUUUGCGCGAGGCCAGCCCCUCUUCUUCUUGGGGGGGGAGGCCUCAGUGCCUCGCCUUGCCUUUUCUUCUUUCCUUAGUUUGCUGCGGGUGCUACUGAAUAGUUCCUCUGCUGCAGGCAGCAGUAGCAGCAGCAGUGCCUCCAAGCAGCAGCGGCGCUACGCACAAAGAGCAGCAAACCUACUUGCUGCUGCGCAAACGGUGUGCUGCUGCAGUGUCUCUCAGGAGGCCUCCAACGCACCAGGGGCUGCCGUCCUUACGGGGGCCUUCGGUGCAGCGCAGUCUCCAUUGAGCCCUUCCACUACAGCAACAGCAACAGCAGCAGCAGCAGCAGCAGGCGUGCAUGCGGACACCGUGCAGGAGUUGCUGCAGCAGUGGCAGGAGGAGUCUGUUGAUUUGCUGCUGCAUGCACUGGAGGGCCUGUGGGACGACCUGUUGAGUCCUGAGGGGAAGAAGAGUGUGUCAAAGUUGUGGCUGUGCUACAGAGACACUGCAGUACUCGGAGGGUCCCUGCAGCUGCUGCGGGAGCUUGUUAAGAAGAGGGGCCCCUCUGAGGGCCUUGGGGGCCCCCUUCAGGCUGUAUCCCGUCUCCUUAAAGGGCCCCCAGAAGAUACGGAGAUAAGAACGCAGCUCUUCGAGCUCUGCGUCUGUCUCAGGCGCCAUUCGUUGGCCUUUUCUGAGAGCCCGACGCUAUUGUCGUUUAUGUUAGGCCCAUUUCCUGGGGACUCUGCGUUGGAGAAGAGACAGCUUGACUAUUGGUUUGGGGGGGAGGAGGGAGGGCUGCCUGAGGCUCCCUCUACGAGGAUAAGCUUUUUAUUAUCUACGGGGCUUACAAAGGCUACUGCCAAGACACCCCACAUAUUGCGACUCCUUACUGCUGCUGUGUGCCACCGUCGGUCACAGAAGCGACCUUCGGGGGGACACGAGAUCCGGAGCGGGAUCGGGAUCGGGAGCGGGAUCGAUAUCGGGAGGAGCGCGAGUUCCUCCGCUUCUUAUGCUGUCGCAGGCCAGACCGCCACCUCCAGCCCACACAGCCUCUCCUCCACCUCCCUCGCUGCAUGCUUGUUGGCGUGUGGGGCCUCCCACACAUCCAAUACCGUGGGGAUUUCUGAUUUGCGAAGUGUUCUCCUAGGGGUUUCUUGGAAGGACGGGGAUCGGUUCCCAGACAGCAGCGGGGUUGGGGUCUCGAAGGAGACAGAGACUGUCUCUUUCUCCUAUUUGUCUCAAAGAGCUGCUUCUGUUGCUUCUCUGGCGGAGGGACAGCAGCCGCCAGCCAGGCAGCGCUUUUGGCUGGGCCCUUCCUGGAGGGGGGCCCCUCUGGGAGGCCCCCUACCUGCGAACGUUAGCAAAGGAGACAGCAGUGUAGAGGUGCCUCAUCGCGAGGCGGAGACAAUCCAGAUGGAGCCCCACACCUUAGAACUCAACACUCUGCUCAGAAGAGAGCCUCGAAAAGGGCCCCUUAGCCGUGCUGCUGCUGUAGCGAUGCAAGAGAGACGCAACCAACGAGGUGUACGUUUGCUUCAGCGGCACCUGAAUGCUCUCGCGGGCUGCGAGGAGACAGUUGUGCUGGAGAGGCCCCCAGAUGGCACCGAAGGAGACAGUCUAGAGAGCGGGGAGGGACAAGAGUUCCUGCUGCAGUUGCUUAACAGGGCCUGCCAGCUAAGUCCGUUCUUCAGCCAAGAGUUUCUGCUGUUGUUGCUGCAUGCCCACAAGGCCCCAGCAGGAGCGCGGGACCCUGCCUGCACCUGGGGGUCACUGGGAACAGCCGAGGACGUAGCAACAGCAGCAGCAGAUGUGCUGGGGCUGGGAGCAGCAGCAAGGGAAGCACUAGAACAAAGCUUAAGAGACAGCACGGGCACCGCAGAUCAACUUGGAGACAGUCCUUUCUUCUCCUUGCUGCAGCGUCUGACCCUGCACUCGCUGCUACUUUCCCCGCCAGCAUCGGCAACUGCAGCAACAACAGCAAUGGAAGCAACGGCCGAAGGGAGCCGCAUCUAUCCUACACGGUUGCUGGAGUUGGCUAGGAAGACAGAGACACUCGACGCUGCCCGGCCGCUGCUAGAGGAGUUAACCUGCAUGCAGCAGCGCGUGCUGCUUGGAGGCUUGGCGCAUCAGCAGAAUAAUCAGCAGCAGAAGGAAGAGGCAGGUAAGGCUGUCUGCAAGACGCUGCUUCCUUAUUUCAUCUCUCUAUUUCGGGUGUAUAGGGACCUCGGUGAGGCUGAGCUGCAGACAAGCACCCUGCAGCUCCUCUCCCUCUACCGGUGCGUCUCUUUAAAUACAGCAGAAGCUUUGCUGCAGCUCUACUCUGGGGGCCCCACCGACGCCCGCUUGUUGGCCCCUUCAGGGGGCACCCCAAAGUGGCAGAGACAGAUAUGCGCGGCAACGGCGGGGGAGGAGACACAGGAGGAGACUGAACAUGAGACCGACUUGAGGCCGCUGAUGCGGGAAGCAGAGCUGCAGGCGCUGCAGCGGAUGAUGCAGUGGGGAUCGCUAUUUGAGUUGGGGGCCCCUUUCCUUUGCAAUAGCAGCAACAGCAACAACAGCAGCAGGAGCCGAGGAGGCGAAGGAGGACUCAAUGCCCCUGCCCCAGUGGAGAGAGCUCGCGAGGAUACACUACUGCAGCACAGCAUGCAGGAAGAUGGGGGUUGCUUUCUUAGAGCUGCUGUUGGCCUUUUGCUGCAGCAGCAGCACUCUGCUGCUGAUUCCUCUCUAACAAAGCUAACCUUGCUGAUGAAUCCGCUGCAGGAGAGCCGCUCGUCUCCAUUAGGGGGGCCUUUGGGGCUAAGGGAGACAAUUGUUUAUCAGUUGUUGUCUCUGCAUGCAGCAACUCGUGGGCGCCUAUUGGAGGCCUCUCUGCUGGUGCAGAAGGGGGUUGCUGCUCUCUCACGCUUUGUAGCUGCUUGCUACUGCUACCCCUCAGCUUCCUCUGCUGGACUGCUGCUGCGCCCUGCCCUUUGCCGUCUCUCGCUGUCUCACUUCCUGAGCGACUGCCUCGCUGCAGCGCAUGCAUCCAGCCCACAACAGCAGCUGCAUGCAGUCUUGAUGCGAGAAGUGACAGCAGCCCCUAGAUCCACAAUGCAUUCAGGGGGCCCCCUCAUCUCUCGUUGUUUUGCAGGGGCGCCCCUGGAUGUGUGUCUGGACACCCUGUUCUCCGUGAUGACCUUUGCAGGGAUACUGCAACAGAAGCAGCAGCAGCAGAAUCAGGUGGGGGACCAGUGGGAAGGCUCUAGAAUUCCGGCAUCUCCUUUAGAUGCUGUGGAGAUAGCUGAGAGUCAAAAGAGGACAGAGGAGACACUCUCCUUGAUUCGCUGUUCCGCUGCAGCGCAUGCGGCGCGGCAGCUAGCCAAGCUCCCAGAUGGGCUAGGCACUGCCGCGCUGCUGCUGCAGGAUGUGCUGCAGCAGCAGCAGCAAAUGCUGUCUUUGAAGGAUCUUCCCCUGUUUUGUACAAUCAUUAAGCUGAAGCUUCGCGAGCUGCGUGUACACUCUGGUGGGGGCGGCAGCGCUGCGGCAAAAGCACAGCAGCUGCUGAGUCUACUGCAGCAACAGGAGCAGCAAUGUUGGCUGUCUGCUGCUUCCCGGGGUAUUGCAGCUUAUGGGGGUGGAGGCGAGGAGACAGCGGGUCUCCUCUUAAGUUUUCAGCUGGAGUGCCACAGUGUCGUGCUACGCGAGAUGCAGCGGAGCUCAGUCGCACGCAGCAGCACCAGCAACAGCAGCAGCAACAGUGCGGUCGUAUUGAGAGCGGCUGAGGAGGCGUUGAGGUGUGUAGGCAACGUCUGCAGUCUUCCAGAGUUCUGCAAUGCCAAUACCCCGGCAGCAGAGGGAGCAGCAACGGCAGCAAGAGGUGGAGCAGGAAUGGAAUAUGAGGCUGCACCAGCAAGCUUCCAGCAGCACAGUGGAACCGAGCCAACAGCUGCCGCUGCAGCAGCAGCAGCUGCUGCUGCCUUCUCUGACAGUGUGCAUACCCGGUCAAAGUAUCUCUGGCUGAGUGCUGUUGUUACAAGGCGAGUCCUUGCUGCGCUUGAGGAGGCAGCAGAGACGAAUACUGCAACAGCACCAGCAGCGGCAACAGCACCUCCUGCUGGUGCUGCCUCUGCUGCUGGUGCUGGCGCACUCCCAACCGGGGCCGCAACCCCCCACGAAACCGCAGCAGCAGCAUCAUCAGCAGCAGCUAGUACAGCAAUUCCUGCAGUGUCUUGGAUAUACUGCUGCUUGGUAGUGGAUUUGGCUGCUGUUGACGGCACUAGGAGCAAAUACAGCAGGCGCACCGUUGGUUUGCUGCCCGAAGUCCUGCUGCUGUGUGCAGAGGCUUCAGGUGCAUGCGUACCCUUAAGGCGCCGCGGCCCUGUCUUCCAUGGUCAUCCCUCUUCAACUACAGCAGAAGCAGCAGCAGCAGCAGCAACGGCAGCGUCAACAGCAGCAACAACAGCACCAACAGCAGCAGGAGCAUUAGGGUUUGCUCCUGAGCCUUUGAAUAUCCUUGAGCUGCGGCUGCGGAGACUAUUGAAUAAUAUCCCCUUGGAGACACUUAGGGCGUAUAUACCUCAGCUAUUAAAUUAUGUCUCCUUCGAUGUCUCCGGCUGUCUCUCUAAGGCCCUCCUCCCUAAGCUGCAGGAGUUUAUAGCAGCCGAACCUAAUGAGGCAGUGCAUGCGCUAGAGACGGCCAUCUCAACAGCUUUUCGCCGGGCACCAGCAAGUAGCAGAAGUGUUGCUGCUCCUGCAGGAACCGCAGCAGACCCUGCUGCUCCUGCUGCUAAGAAGCAAACUGCUCCUCUAGAAAUGUUGAAAAUGCUUCUGGGCCAGGCGCAGCGUCGAGCUCCCUUGGCAGCUCCGUUUGCUGCAGCAUGUCGCCUGCUGCAGCUGCCUGAGCAGCAGCUGCAGCAGGUCCUGCUGCAGCCGCUGCUGCAGCUGCUGGAGGAGGCAAUCGGAGACAGAGAGAUGCAACGCGGGGAAUUGCCUUUGGGAAAGGUGCUGUCUCCUGCUGCUGCUGCCCGUUGGUGUUCUCUAUGGGAGGCAGCAGCAGGUGCUGCUGUCUUAAGCGGCAAAGACGAUCGCUUAGGAGACAAUGUUGGCAACUCUCUAAAGCGUUUUGCUGCUAGAAUGAAGAGC